GACUGUGUCCAGGCCCUCUUUACUGAUUGUGAUCACCCAACCCUUCGUCGGGUCAAAAACAUUGAUUCCUUUCUUCAAAGAUAUGAAAAAACGAACCAACUGAUUGUCAGCUGUCGGCCAAAACCGGACGACUUUCACGUCUUGAAGACCAUCGGACGCGGCGCCUUUGGCGAGGUGCAGCUGGUGCGGCAAAAGCACACCAAAAAGGUGUACGCGAUGAAGCUACUCUUAAAGUCCAAAAUGAUUUUGUACUCCGACUAUUCCUCCUUCUGGGAGGAACGCUUCAUCAGCGCCUUUGCAAAGUCCGAAUGGAUCGUCAAGCUGCACUACGCUUUCCAGAAUAGCCAGUUUCUCUACCUGGUCAUGGACUUCAUGCCCGGCGGAGACCUGGCGAACCUGAUGGCAAAGAACCACGUCUCCGAGAUGGGGGCCAAGUUCUACAUCGCCGAGAUGAUCCUCGCCCUGGACGCCAUUCACAGCAUGGGCUUUGUUCACCGGGACAUCAAACCGGAGAAUACUUUGAUCGACCACCGGGGCCACGUCAAGCUGACCGACUUUGGCACCUGCAUGCGCAUGGACGACCAAGGGCUGGUCCACUCGGAGACGGUCGUCGGCUCGCUGGACUACGUCUCACCGGAGGUGCUCAAGUCGCAGGACUCCAAGGGCUGCUACGGACGGGAGUGUGACUUCUGGUCAGUGGGCGUCAUCCUCUACGAGAUGCUCACUGAGAAAACGCCCUUUUACCACGACUUACAAAAGGUCACCUUGGCAAAGAUCAAGGAGCACCAGAAGUACCUCUCCUUUCCCGAUGACAUUGAGAUCAGCAGCGAGGCACGCAACCUCAUCCGCUCCUUCCUCACCGACCGCAACGUUCGCCUGGGCCGAAACGGCAUCGACGAGCUGAAGGCUCACCCCUUCUUCACCAACGAGCAGUGGACCUUUGAGAACAUCCGCCAGUGCAUCGCACCGGUCCUCCCGGAGCUCUCCAAAGACGACGACACGAGCAACUUUCACGACGUACCGGAGCCGGAGAACAGCGGCAGCCGCCAGCCGAGGGGCCACCUCGCCGACAACAGCUUUCCCGAGCCGAAGACCUUCGCCGGAAAUAACUUUCCAUUUGUGGGUUUUACCUACUCGGGCGACUACCAGCUGCUGUCGGGCAGCCUCUCUGCUGGACAACAGCAACAACUGAGCGGCGGCGGCGUCUCACGGUGCAACUCUCGCAAACGCAACUCAGUGCAAAUGGACGACGACGCCAGUUCCGAACUUAGCCGAAAGAUGGGCAAACUGGAAGAGGAGAAGCGGCGCGUCGUGGAGACCUACGAGGAACUGGAGAGCAAGUACCGCCUCGCCUUGAACCAGCUGGAGAAGCAGGCCGAGGAGAUGGCCUCGCUGCGCAACGAGAAGCUCGAAGUGAAGAAGGCGGUCGCCGUGCUAAUGCUCGACUUCAAGGCCCUCAGGAACAAGCACGAGCAAGAGGUGAAGGCGCACAGCACCGCCGAGGCGACCAUCGCCGAGCUGAAGGUCAAGUUCGAGAGCGACCGAUCACUGCUCGCUAAUCAGCUGACACUGGCCGGCGAGAAGUACAGCAGCCUGGAGAAGCAGAACGCCCUCCUAUCGGAGAAGCUGAAGGCGGAGAGUGAGGCGGUGACGAGGGAGGCUAAUGCCAGCUCCGAGCUGAAACACCUGUUCGCCGCCAGCGAGUCGGCCUUGGCCGAGCUAAGGGCCAAAGUGGAGCUGGAGCGGGUCAAGGAGCGCGAGCUGGAGUCGCUUAAAGACCAGUUGGGCGCCAGCAUGGCCAAGGUCAAGGAGCUGGACGCGACCAUCCUCUGUCUGCGUGGCGAGCUGAAGGACAACAAGCUGAAACAGCAGCAGCACCAGCAGAUGAUGCCGCCGCAGACUCGUCCAAGGAACGAGCACCACAUUGACCAGCUCGACAGCUUCAACAACAACAACAUCAGCACCACCAACGAGACGGCCAUGAAGGAGCUAUGGGUGGAGGAGGAACUGGAGCGGGUCAAAGAGCGCGAGCUGGAGCUGCUUAAGGACCAGCUGGGCGCCAGCAUGGCCAAGGUCAAGGAGCUGGACGCGACCAUCCUCUGUCUGCGUGGCGAGCUGAAGGACUACAAACUGAAACAGCAGCAACAACCGCAAGCUCUGGGCCACGGCAAAGCUGGCAUGACUCCCACCACUGGUGCCGGUGACGCCCGGUGCAAGUCGGCCACCCUACCUCAGCUAGGCCACGGUGGCCAGGUGUCGAUGCAGAUGCAAAUGCAACAGCAGCAACAGCAGCAACAGCACUCUCAGUCACCAUCUCAGCAGCAACAGCAGCAGCAGUAUCACGCCCACCACCAGCGACAGUCGUCGCCCCAUCACAGUCCCUCCUCCUCGUCUUCAAUUGCCGCCGCCGUCUACCAGCAGUACAUGCCCAGCAAGCAGCAACAGCAGCAUUCACCUUCAGCAGGUGGUGGUGGUGGACUGGUCACUCGCGGCUCGCCCACCUGUCGUCUGAGUGAAGCGAGCACCUCCAGCAUCAGCAGCAUCAGUCAACAGCAGCACAGCAAAGACAAUGGAAAU